UUUAAGUUCAGCGCGGGUUCUUGCGAACAUGAAGGGAGCUUGACAUUACUAGAGUAAAUUCCUUAAAUCAUCAUUCUUCUCUUUGUUAAUUACAUAUUCACUUGUUAUUGGCCUUUAAGACACUCGAGGGAAGGUUUGUAAAGAUGGGCGAUGAUCCAGACUCCAUUCCAGAGAGAGAGAUGAAGGAUUUCCAGUUUCGUCAGAUGAAGAAGAUUCGAGUGUUUGAGUCUCCUCAAGAUCUGCCUAAAGAACGCUCCAGUCUGCUUGUGAUCUCUAACAGAUACGGCCUGACAUGCACUGCUCGAGACAAAACGCUCAAAGUGUUCCUGACUAAAGACAUCAUCUCAGCUGCACGUGUGGAGGGAAACACCAAUGACAUAGUGGAGAGUGUGAGUGCUGUGACAGUGACAGUAGAUGUGUGGAUUCAUCACAUGGCUCUGAGCAGUGAUGAGCUCACACUGUCUGUGUGUGGCACGACUGACGCCGCUGAUCUCACGCUAGACUUCUACGACGUCCGCACCUUCUUUAACAAGGUCAGACAGGACAAACGUCCCUUCGCGUCCUUCAGACCGGUGGUCUCAUCAGGUGUCCUCGUCCAGGAUCUGAAGUGGAGUCCAGUGGAGGCGUCUCGUCUGGCCAUGUGUCUGUCUGAUGGCAGUAUGAUGGUGCUGGAUGUGCAGGACUCAGUGAAUGUGGUCGCGCAGCUGCCUGCGUCUGCAGGAAUCACCUGCGUGUGCUGGAGUCCCAAAGGCAAGCAGGUGUCUGCUGGGAAACAUGAUGCUACAGUAGUUCAGUUCACUCCUAUGUUACAGGCUAAGAAGGUGAUUCCCUGUCCCAGCUUCUACAUUCAGGACAACCCCGUGAAAGUGCUUGAUGUGUUGUGGUUGAGCACGUAUAACUUUGUGGUGGCGUACGUGGCGGCCAACGGAUCGCCAGAGACACCACCUGACCUGGUGGUCGUGUCACUUCCUAAAAAGGAUGAGAAGAGAGAUGAAUGCUAUCUGAACUUUAAUGACGUGGUGUAUGGCACCUGUACAGAGAGACAGCAUCACUACUUCCUGUGUCAUAUAGAGGACUGGGAUCUGGUGUUAGCUGCUUCAGCCGCUGCUAUUGAGGUCGGCAUCAUCGCCAAACAAGAGGACAAGGUGAACUGGGAGCUGUGGCUGCUAGAAGACGCCAGUAGAGCGGAGCUGCCUGUCACAGAAAACAGUGAUGACACAUUUCCUGUGGGUGUGGCUAUAGAUUACACCAGUCAGGAGGAGAUUCAGCUGUCUGAUGAGAAGAGUUGUCCUCCGGCACCGACGCUGAUGCUGCUGUGUACAGAUGGCGUUCUGUGUCCGUUCUCUUUACUCAACCUGAACCGCGGGGCUAAACAGCUGACUGUGAGUGCCAUUGAGCUUUCUGUGGAGGGAGAGAGACCGCCGCCUGCCAAGUCGACCUUCUCAGCUCCUGCUCUGUCUGUAGCCACACCAGUCUUCUCAUCUUUCCCAGCAUCCUCUAACACAGCGCCACCCCAAUCCACCUUUUCCUUCACGGCCCCGCCACCAGCCUCCACCUCCUCUGUGAUCCUGCCCUCUGCAGCAGCAGCUCUGCCCGCAGCUCUCUCCUCUCUUUCUCCUCUGGGCUCCUCGGCUCCUUCGGUCUUCUCCCUGAACUCCACAGCGGGUAGUUUCUCCUUCAGCGCACCCAAACCCUCCUCAGACACUCCGGGAGCUUCGGCCUUCUCCUUCAGUUCCUCCUUGCUAAAGGAGGCGAGCGGUGCUCCCGUUUCCACUCCGCAGUGCCUGGCUAUGGGGUCUCCCGUAAUCAGCAGCUCCAAAACCCUCGCAGAGCCUGCCACACUCCCCGUCAGAAUGAACCUCACCGACAGGUUUUUCUCAGUGGAGACUCCAGCAUCGGUCUCAUCUGCUGCCCAGCCGUUUUCUCUGACUUCCACACCCAAACCAUCAUCAUCAUCAGAGCCCAGCAGUCAGACAGCAGCACUAAUCAACAUCAGCAAACCAGCUGCUCCUGCAGUGAUUUUACGGCCCGCUCAGGUCACUGUUCCUCCAGCUGCUGGGCAGAAAACAUCCGCAGUCCUCCCACCUGCAUCCAGCACUGCAUCUGCGCAGGCCAUGUCUGUGAAAGCUCUGGAGAAAAAUCUACUGCAAAAGAAAGACUUUGAUCCUGUCAUGACUGGAAUCUUGGAGGAGAUCGGACACUUCCACAAAGAGUUGGACGAGCUGAAGUCUCGCUGUAGGAAUGCCGAUUUCAGGGUGGGCAGCACAGAUGAGAUGAGAGAUCUGAGGAAAGACUCUGAGCACCUGCACGACUUUACACAGGAGAUCAAAGACACCACUGAGUCUCUGCAUGGAGACAUCAGCGUGCUGAAGACCAGUCUGCUGGAGGGUUUUGCUGGCACUGAAGAAGCCAGAGGUCAGAAUGAACUCAACAGAGAUAAAGAUUACCUUCAACUGCUUUACAAGAAACCACUGGACCCUCGCAGAGAGGAACAACUCAAGGUUCAAUCACAUCACACUCAGACAUCACUGGAAACACACCCUGAACAACACUGUAGAACAACAAUAUUCCAGGAGAUCCGGCGGUUGUACCAGUAUGUGAAGUUUGCCAUGGAGGACGUGAAUGAUGUUUUAGAUCUGGAGUGGGAGAAACAUCUGGAGAAGAAGCAGAGGCAUAUGAUAGUGCCUGAGAGAGAAGCACUGUUCACCGCGCUCUCUAAUAACCUGGACAUCAUUAACCAGCAGAAACAGCGUUUAGAUCAGCUGACCAGCGACUUGCACAAACUCAAACUCUACAGACGUUCAGCAGUGUGGAGUUACCCCAGCCAGACCCCCUCAACACCCUCAAUACUGAGUCUGGACAGUGAACUGGAGAUUUUGAAAGAUGCUCUUCUGAAGGCCAGUCUGGAUACAGCACCCAAAGCUCCUGCAAAAUCACCAUCUAAGAUGACUCCAGCCAAGCAGUCUCAACUGAGGAACUUCCUGUCAAAGAGACUGACUCCUCCGGUGCGGUCUACAGCUCCUGUGAAUCUGUCUCGCUCAGCGUUCCUGUCCCCUCAGUUCUAUGAAGAUCUGGAUGAGGUGAGCUCCAGCUCAUCUCUCUCUCAGCCUCUGGAGCCCGAUGUCACACUGGCGGUGGCGGAGAAAGAGGAGGAGCCAGGACCCGUCCCAGUGCUAUCUGUCCCAUGUCACCCAGCUGUGGUGCGCAUGCCCUCCAUACAGCCAGGCUUCAGUAUGCAGUCCACUCUAUUCAGCAGAAUCCAGACCGGCCCCAUACCAGUCAUCAGCCCUGCUCCUAAGAUAAACAUGGACAGUGCCGACAGCACAGCGUUCGCCACGAAAACAGUGAAACAUGGAGCCCCGCCCACAGAGAAGACCACGCCCACCACUAUCCCAGCCCCUCAGGCUGCAGGAAGAUCUGCCCUCAGUAGACACAUGACCAGCCAGAAAACAGGAGCGUCUCUGACAGAGUCCACACUGAAGACAGUUCUUCAGGUGGUGAACACUCAGGAACUGGAGGAUAAAGGUCCUCCCAUCCCUGUGUCCAGCAUCAUCAGCUCAUCUGUUCCAGCACCUGCAGCUCAGGUUGUUCAGCAGGUUCUGGCUACUGUGGAGGCCAAUAAAAAUUCCUUUCAGGGAGCGUUAAAGGUUUCAGCAACGCUGGCAGGGGUGGAUCCAGCCGCAGCAGCAAAUUUUGUGAUUGGAGGAACAGGUAAACAUGAAGCAGGUGGUGCUUCAUCUGUCAGUGAGCAAAACUCAAAGACUUUCUCAUUCUCUGCACCAUCAUCAGGGUUCAGUUUUAUGAGAACUUCUGAAUCACAGGAUGCUAGUAACACUCAAGCCAAGAUUUCUGGCCUGCCAGGCAAGUUCUCGUUUGCCAGCAGUACAGGACCAAAGAUGCCAUUUGUAUCAGCAGGAUCUGAGGAGCCUUUUUCCUUCACUCCUAAAUUGGCAUCUUCUGCACAGAUCACUAACUCAUCCACGCCGCUUCCUGAUGUGGCUGAGCCCGCUAAACUCCCUCAGGCUCCUAAAGCCCAGGGCAUUGCUGGAGAGACUCUCGGCUGCUUCUCUGGCUUACGAGUGGGCCAAAGUGAUGAAGUAAAGGAAGCCCCCAAACCCGCCUUGAGUUUAAGCCUUGGACCACCUGGUAAUGGAUCAACUGGAUUCUUGUUCAGUUCUGCUCAAAUGAAGCCUGCAGUAAGUGCAAGUUCAUCUGAACCAGCAGGUGCUACAGCAGAGGUUCCAAAGACUACUACACCACAAGGACUCAGCACAUCUGCAUUCGCGUUUAAACCACAGGAGGGAACAACUUCAACAAAAACAACUUUCUCGAUUCUGCAGACAUCCUCCAUUCCAUCAGCCACCACCUCGUUUGGUAGUCUUCUCCGAGCACCCCUCCCAGAAACUACAACAAUUGUCCCAGCAAAGUCCCUACUGCCAGAGGCUUCUUUGUCAGUUGAACCGGUUCCCUCCGAUGAGGCUGAGGCUAAGGAACCUCCAGCAGAACCAAGUCCUGAACCCCCAGCAGUAGGAACCCUAUCAAUCGUGUCUGCAGCUGAAGGUGCCACUCCCUCCAAACCCGCCAGUACUGACACCACUGUGGCACCUUCAAACAAGCCCCCAACGCCUCCCACACCUGCCCCUGAGGUUGCGCCUCCACCUCCACCUUACGUUAUCCCACCAGCCGAGGCAACGUCUGUCACCGAACCCCCUGCUGCAGAAACUGUCUCUGAUCCUGCACCUGAGGGCACCAACACUUCCAAUCCCGCACACAUCCCUGCUCCCCAAGAGGCCCCAGCAACCACCUCAUCUUCAGCUCCAACGUCAGACACACCAGGUUUAAUUUUUGCCCCACCAUCGAGUGCCACAGAGAGUUUAAUGCUGGGAGCCAACAAUCUCGCCAGUACAGUGGCUUCCUCCACCCCGUCAACCACAACAGUGACCAGUACCACCAGCGCGGCUCCUACCCCCGUGUUUGGCCAGGCCCCUUCCACCGCUCCAACCACAGCAUUUGGAUCUACAGCCUUUGGUCCUAAUUCUACCACCUCUGGUUUUGGCAAACCGGCAUUUGGACAGAGUCCUAGUGCUGGUUUCGGGCAACCUGCUGCCUCUGGCUCUGCUAGCGGCUUCACGUUUGGUCAGCCGUCAUUUAGUGCUGGCUCUGGAUUCGGACAGCCGACCACUGCCGCCACCACUUCUGUCACCAGCAGUGGAGGAGGACUCUUUGGGUCCUCAAGUGCCAACAGUGCCAGUUCCUUCUCAUUUGUAGCCAGCGCCACCAGUUCUGCAGCCAGCACUGGCACUGGACUUUUUGGCCAGAGCAGCGCUCCUGUCUUUGGACAGCCCGUCUCAGACUUUGGGCAGGGCUUGGUGUUUGGUAGCAGCACAACAACGGCACCCUCCUCUGGAUUCGGCUUUGGACAACAGUCAGCGUUUGGCAGCAGCGCCCCGUCCUCAUCGGUGUUUGGUCAGCAGUCCAGCAGUGCUGGUGUGUUUGGACAGGCUCCGUCCGGUGGAGGUCUGUUCGGCUCAGCCGCUGUGAACGCUCCAUCAGGAUCAGGGUUUUUCAGCGGUCUCGGUGGUAAACCCAAUGAAGACGCCGCCAACAAAAACCCUUUUGGAGCGACUGUUACGGGAGGAUUCGGCCAGUCCAUCAAUACAGGUUCAUCUAACUUGUUUGGUAACAGCGCCGCUGAAGGCUUCAGUUUCAGCAGCAGUUCCUUUGGCAAUCAGAAGCCCAGCGGCUUGUUCAGUACCGGCGGAGGGUCUGUAGCCGCUCAGGGCUUUGGAUCAUUCUCAACACCCACCAAACCAGGUGGUUUUGGGAGCGUGCCGGUGUUCAGCAGUCCUCCUACCUUUGGUGGCUCUCCGGCGUUUGGAGGAACGGCGAGUUUUGGCUCCGCCCCGUCCUUCAGCAGUCCGCUGGGCUCGUCCUCAGGGAAGGUGUUUGGAGAGGGCACUGCGGCCGCAAAUGUUGGGGGAUUUGGGUUUGCAUCUCCUAGCGCACCAUCAUUUGGCAGUCUAGCCAGUCAGAAUUCAGCACCGUCAUUCGGCAGCAUAGCACAACAGCAGCCAUCAGGGUUUGGAGCCCCGAGCAGCGGUUUCUCUGGCUUUGGAUCUUCUGGUGGUUUUGGAGGUUUUGGAAACACCAAUGCCAACCAAUCGUCGCCUCAAACGUUCAGCAGUUGGAGAAGUUAAAAAAACUCCUGAAUUCAGUCACUUUCUCUUUUACAUUUCUUAAAGGAGAAAUAUUGAAAUCAUUGAGGAUUUGAUUUGAUUCGUGUGCACAAUUUUACAUUUUAAAUGCAAUAUUCAUAGCAGCGAGGUUUCAUAUUUUUAAUGUGUGCUGAUGAUCUGCUGCAGAUUCAUCUGAUGUAAUGAAACAAGUUUUAUUUCUGCUGUCACACAGUGUUCAUUAGGUUUGUUCUGUUUUAACAUGCAAAAUGAGAAAUAAACUCAAAUGCUGUUGA